AUGCGAUCGCUAUGGUUAUUAGGACUGAUAACAAUUGCUGAAUGUGGAUGGUUCUCGGAUCUGUUUGGUGGUGGAACGAAAAGUCCACAAUUUGUGACUCCGAACUUGAAUAUUAAGACAAUUGAUGAGGCCAGCAAAAAACCGCUGAACAUCUCUCUUGAAAAGCCAAUUCAAAACGGGCAAAUGGUGAACGUGCAAGGGAAACUACUCUGGGAAAAGUUGGAUCUCUGCCUCAAAUUUCUCACCGUCAACAGCACCGAGGUGGCCACCGUUUGUACAAAUUCAACGAAUGGCAUCGAUAACAGAGUGAACUUUAUGACUCGUUUUCAAAAUGGGACCGAAUUAAAGGACUGGACGCCGAGCCCGUUAAAGCCAGGCGCCUCAUUUGAUCUCCGGGUGCGAAUUUUGCCGAAACAUAUCCAGGUUUUUGUUGAUAAAGGAGAAGUAGCGAUUUUCUGGAAAGCUGAAUCUUUUGAUUUGGUCCGAAACAUCACUCUGAAUGGGACUUUUCAAGAAAUUUCUUUGUUCAGCCUUGAGGGAGCUGAAUACGCGAAUCCAUUCACGGCAAAACUCGAGUUCAAAUAUGGAUCUCGUUUAGAUAUCUCCGGGCAACCGCUCCCUGAAGUGCACGACUUGUCCGAGAUGAACCGAUUGCUCAGUGGAAACGAGGAAAUUAGCGAUCAGACGAACAAAACUGAGGUAGAAGACGUCUCAAACUCAACCACCACAUUGUUCAAUGAUGUUCAAAAUGCGCCCAAAAUUGAUCCAGAUGAGGUGGCCGCAAUGGCACAACGAAUCAGGAAUCUCACUGUUUUGAAAGAAGCUCUCGAUAUAAAGAUUCGAAUGAAACGGAGAAGUGGAGGAGGCAGAGGCAGUUCAUCGAGGGGCUCCUCAGCUUCAAGAAGCUCUUCCUCAUCGAGAAGCUCUUCCUCGUGGUCUUCUUCUAACUCCACCAAGACGCAAGACUCGAACAAGAAAACUGAUUCUUGGUGGAACAAGCAAUCUAGUCCCACCAAGCCAAGCACAUCGAGAGGAUGGUUUGAGAAUAAGGACACCCCGUCCACCAAAAAUAGAGGCGGCUCAAUGGCUAGACAACAAGCGAUGGAAAAGCAAAAAGUGGAAAACAAUCAGUGGAACGACAAGCCAAAGUGGUUCGGUAGUCGGAAUCGUGGUUUCUCCGAUGCCCGGAAACAGUCAACUCUCAAACAAUGGAAACCGGCCGCUGUUGGGUUCACGGGUGGAUUUGCCACCGGUUAUCUGACGCACUCUUAUGUGCCCAGUUACAGCUAUCGCUACGCUGGGCACACCUAUUAUCACUCGAGUUGCUACGAUUGUGGAUACUAUUGUUAUUCGUGCGGUUAUCCGCAAGUGCACAAUCACUAUUAUCGACAAUCGAGAGUCGAACGGCCACACCAACCACUGAGAGAAGCCGCUCCUGUGCCAGUUAGUGAACGCUUCAACAUCAACUUCUUGACAGGUGAUGAUGUGCCCAAAUUCCAAAUCUCCGUCCGCUUUGAUGAGGGAAUGAUCGUGAGAAACACGUUUUACAACGGAAAAUGGGAAAAGGAGGAAAGAGAUGGGGAAUUACCGAUUGACAAUUGGAAAGUAUUCGACAUGACAUUGACAAACUCUCAGGAAGAAUUAGUGAUCUACUUUGGUGGUCAGCGAUUCGCCUAUUUCAAACACCGAAAAGCCUCGAAAUUCUUGUCCAAAAUCACAAUCGAUGGAGAUGUUGAGAUUCACAAAAUUGCUCUCAACAACAAGCUGAUCACUGCU